CCUUCAGUGUAGCACUACACCUGGACAGUGAUGAGUUCGUAGACAACGACAUUUCUGUCCUGGCGGUCAUCUAUCAGUGGCAGGAGGGACUUGACUUAAAUCUGUUCACUAUUCAGUGUAACACCAUGUUUCAUCAUCGGACUCUCCAUGGUAUAGGGACAGCACUGACCACUCGACCUAACGCAGAGAGGACGCCCCCUAAACUGUGUGACAAUGGUCAAGCUUACAUCACUGACUCAAGCACCGGUCAGCUUGUGUGCCUUUGCCAGCUGGACUCACAUCCAUCUCACAGCCUGCAAGCCCACCCGGCACUCCGAGGACUUCGGCCCCCACACCAGUCCCCGCGACCUGGAUUCACUGAGUUAUCCUACCCUCCUCAGAUUCCAAGCCUGGCGUCAUUAGGAGAACAAACUGCGGCCAUUUUACCUCAUCACGUGACGUUUCAUCCAUACGGAUCGUUGUACCCAGGGAUGGACAUGAACGGACCAAUGAGAAAAGCAGCCACAAGGGAGACAACAGGACCCCUUAAAGCUUGGUUGAACGAACACAAGAAAAACCCAUACCCGACAAAAGCGGAGAAAAUUAUGUUGGCCAUCAUAACGCGGAUGACCCUAACGCAGGUGUCCACAUGGUUUGCUAAUGCCAGACGUAGGCUCAAGAAAGAUAAUCGUCUUAGCACAGGGGAAGGAGAAGACGAUAGCAUCGGUCUGGACAGUGAUCGUGAAGGCGAUUCGGACAGCGUGUCCAUUGAUGUGGCUGUCGGUACCAAUAUGUCAUACAGAACAGAAGGCAAACUGUCAAGUGAAGGGGAGGCAGAGCACGACUCAUUCUCAGACAUUUCCGACGAUGAAAAUGAUGAUUUCCGCCACCUAUCACGUGAUUUAAAUCAACCAAUCGCCUCCUCGAACAGAGUACCCUCACCGCCAACGAAUUCUAUCCAAUCAGAAGAUUGCACAAAUUCUUCCAGGCCACUGUCCAGUCCCACCUUACAACAAGCCACGAAGAAACCCAAACCAAAGAUUUGGUCCAUUUCUCACAUUUUGGACUCUUGAAAACGCAUCGCGAAUGGUUAACAAGCUCUUUAGUGGGAGAUUUCUUCCCAGAGUCUUGACUUUUUUUUUGGCAGCAGAGGAGUAGCUUCACAAUGGACCCGUCUCCCCGAAUGCAUUGACUUUCAACAACUACACACGAUGCUGGGCCCUUAGAAAGAGCCCAAACUACGAAGGGUUUACCAGAAAACAUUUCUGAUGAUCUAAUAUUUGUUGAGUUUUAAUGGUAUCUGCUCAGCAUGAGACGUAGACUUACAGCACUGUGCAUGCAGUACAUUUGUUUAUUAUAGAGGAGGACUUAGUGCUAGACAGUACUGCUAUAUAUCUUGUAUAAUUCUAGCUUUUAUCCACCUGCUGCCCCCAUUGAUUUAGUUGUUUCACAAGUCUUUUUUACCUCCUUUUUUUCCCCUCUCCCUCCUCUAUAAUUUGUAGUCCCCCCUCUUCCAUUUUUUAAAAAUGUAGUAACACUACAUCUAAGUUCAUUACAUUUGUUUUGUGAACACUGAAAAGUUUGCAAGCUCGUUUAUUCAUUAAUUAUAACACACACACCCUCUCUUUUUUAAUUUCUCAUUUCUAUAACUAACAAGGGCAAUAAAUGGAGAUUCUAUAAUAUACCAAUUUGUAUUUUAUUAGAAACAAAUCGAUCCGGAACUAGACCAUGUUUUUCUACUUCAUUAUUAUAGACGUUGCAAUACACACGAAAAGUUCCGAGUUGUCCCGAGUACGAACCCCAUCCCGCUUCCCUCCCUUGCAGUCUUGUAGAUGGGGAUAUUUGAGUAAAUAGCUCCAAGAUUGGCAUAAAAAAACAGUGAAGAUGGAAAUUAUAUUACUCUAGAUAUUUACUCAUACACAAGUCUAAAAUCUCCUCGCGACGACGAUCGUCGGUCGCCCUGGUUUCACCAAAUAGAACCCGUUUCAAUGUCGUAAUACUUUUUACAAAGCAAAAUGUCUUCUACCUUUUUGUUAUAGGAUCAGAUCAAAGGCAGCAGGUACAAAACACCUAGACUUGUAGACGGCAAGACUUUCGACUCAAUGAUUGACUCUUAUAUUACUUCAUACUAUUCUUUUUUGGUCUCUAUAUAAUGUCCAAUAUAGUAUGGUAUCUAUCAGAUGUCAAAUACUAUGUCAUUCAAUCAUGUCUUCUAAGAAAUGUCAAAUUGUAUGUCAUUCAAUCAUGUCUUCUAAGAAAUGUAAAAUUGUAUGUCAUUCAAUCAUGUCUUCUAAGAAAUGUCAAAUUGUAUGUCAUUCAAUCAUGUCUUCUAAGAAAUGUCAAAUUGUAUGUCAUUCAAUCAUGUCUUCUAAGAAAUGUCAAAUUGUAUGUCAUUCAAUCAUGUCUUCUAAGAAAUGUCAAAUUGUAUGUCAUUCAAUCAUGUCUUCUAAGAAAUGUCAAAUUGUAUGUCAUUCAAUCAUGUCUUCUAAGAAAUGUCAAAUUGUAUGUCAUUCAAUCAUGUCUUCUAAGAAAUGUCAAAUUGUAUGUCAUUCAAUCAUGUCUUCUAAGAAAUGUCAAAUUGUAUGUCAUUCAAUCAUGUCUUCUAAGAAAUGUCAAAUUGUAUGUCAUUCAAUCAUGUCUUCUAAGAAAUGUCAAAUUGUAUGUCAUUCAAUCAUGUCUUCUAAGAAAUGUCAAAUGUCAUUCAUGUAUUGGAAUGUCGACAUAAGCUCAACUCAAUGUAAAAUACAAAUAUUGCAAUAAUAAUGUUUAUCGAGUUUGCUAAUAUUGUUAUUAUUAUUAUUAUUAUUAUUAUUUUUAUUGCAUUAAUCUUUAGAUCGUUAUUGUCUUGUAAUUUAAAUAGAUUUCGAUUAGUCAUUUUCACUACUGUUCAACAGGUUCAAUCAUGAUUGCAUCUCAAUCACAGUUCCUUCUUAGGAUAAUAAAUGUAAUGGCUCUAUGUAUAGGGGGCGCAGCUGAGUGGGUGAAAACAUGGCCACUAUCACCACCAUACCCCUCCACCCACCCCCACCCCCACACACAUAACAUGUGGCUAAAAGAAACGACUUUGAGUUUAGACUAAAACUAUUAGGUAGUGGCAGAAGUUUGACAGAGGCGUAUUGAGCGAAACUUGCGCCCGGUGCAAGGUACUUUAUUAGCGCCCCCAUCCCUCAUUUACCAUGAACAUAUAAAGGCGCCUCUCUGCGGGUAGCACCCGGGGCAUCGUGCCCCCUUGCCCCCCCUCACUAGGCCUCUGGGUGAAAACCUUACUUGAUAUAAAGAAUGUCACGCCUCCUUUGUUUUUCAACCACUACCAUGAACCACUUUUCCCUCUGUCUAUGUUUACAUCUUGAGUUUGUUUCAUUAAUAAAUAUAUUGUACAGAACAUAAACAUCUUGAGUUUGUUUCAUUAAUAAAUAUAUUGUACAGAACAUAAACAUCUUGAGUUUGUUUCAUUAAUAAAUAUAUUGUACAGAACAUAAACAUCUUGAGUUUGUUUCAUUAAUAAAUAUAUUGUACAGAACAUAAACAUCUUGAGUUUGUUUCAUUAAUAAAUAUAUUGUACAGAACAUAAACAUCUUGAGUUUGUUUCAUUAAUAAAUAUAUUGUACAGAACAUAAACAUCUUGAGUUUGUUUCAUUAAUAAAUAUAUUGUACAGAACAUAAACAUCUUGAGUUUGUUUCAUUAAUAAAUAUAUUGUACAGAACAUAAACAUCUUGAGUUUGUUUCAUUAAUAAAUAUAUUGU